UUAUCAACACUGAUGUGGGUAUUCUACAGAGGGAGGGCAGCACUCGCCUGCUUGAGCCAGAGACGUGGGAGGGGGGAUGUAUGGUGCCAGGCCGAGGAUCGGAGUGCGGCCCCGCUUUAUGGAGGCCAAAAAAAGUGGGGGAGGCCAGGGGAAGGGGGAGGAGGGGGCGGCCUGGAUGCCUUUUACGAUGUCUGUGUGUGUGUGUGUGUCGCUACUGGGUUGCCUCGGCCGAUCCUGCUGUCCCCUCCCCUCGCCCCGCUCGUGCUCCCGUAAUGGCCCUCCUCCAUCGGCCCUGGUGUCUUGCACCCGCGCCAACCAGCCGCAGUCCGCGAGCAGCGUGUGCCGCGGAAAAGGAGAAAGGAGCAAAAGCGGAGGGGAGGAAAGGAGAGGGAAAGAGAGAUACACCGAAGGCGGGCGCAGGAACAAGGACAGGGGGGAAGGGAGAGGGGGAGGGGGGAAGGUAGGCGAGAAGAGGCUGCCCCCUGCCGCCACUGUGGCCGUCCCCCCGCCGGUGUGCGCCGGCGCGCGGCGCGGACAGAACAAAGAAUGAACGCCACGGCAUGGCAGAAAGGCGGAGAGAGAGAGAGAGAGAGAGA